AGAUGCAUUCUGGGUAAUAAGAAGUAGGCUUUCGUUAUGCAGAUGUCAUUGUCAGUCGUGUGUUCAUCCUGUCUGCAGCCGUAGCUGAAGCCUUCUCUCCCUCUUUGCUAACGCACUGUCUGAAAUGGGUCAACACCCGUCUCAAGAGGCCCAAGAGAGAUUUCUUGAAUUUGUGACUAAUUUAUUCCUCACACAUUCGGGAAUAGAUGAUUUUAAAAUUGACAGCUCCCUGGAGAGAUUCUCUGGGCUCAACUCAGCUGAAGAGCUGAACAGGUACAGAGACCAGGUGUUGUACAGUGAUGGACUCAGCCAGGUUGCAUCUGUUGUGGAGAAGGUGGGCUCUGCCCUAGGUGGGCUCAGCUUGGUGCCUCAUGCUGUCGGACUGGGGGCUCUUAUCAUUUCCUUGGCCUUAGAUGUGGUUGCCAAAAGCCUAAAGAAAGAAACACUGGGCACAGCUGAAAUGGUAGAGAGGGUGUUUGCACAGGAGAAGGCCAGGGAGGUCCGAGACCUGAUGCACGAGUAUUUGAAGCGUAUGCAGAUCAACCUGAGGAACCCACGGCUGCAGCUCUCUGAGACCCGUCAAAGAGAGAUCGCUCUUAGUGCCCAACUCACACGGCUGAAGAACUCCAUGUUGAUCGACGGACACAUUGACCCUCACUUAAUGAAGCAGUGGGUGAAUGGAGCUGCCUUCCACACCCAGAUGCUGAUCCAUCAGGCUCGUCUGGAGAGGAGACAAGAACGUGAUGGAUCCAGAGCAAUGCGGGCAGCAGGGAUUUAUCAGCAGGAUCUCAACCGUAUUGUGGACAAAUUGAUGAACAUGAUAACAGAAAAUGAUAAAAGUGAACUUUGUAUUAAAUAUGUUGCACUUCUGCGUUCUAAACCUCAGAUCAGCUGGACACAAGAUUAUUUUUCAAAACUGCAAUCAAAUAUUCCAUCGCUUGUGAGGCAAAAUGCUGACUUUUAUAUCCAAACCUGAUUUUGACAGUCAGUGUUUAUGAAGCCAUAAGUAAGAAAACUAGUUGAGGUUAACACUAAACUGGAAGUGCAUGCUCACUAUCUUGUAAUUAAAAAAAUAAACUCCAUCUAGAAUUUGUAAGCUAGAUUAGCGAUUUAUGUAGUGCAUAAGAAGGACUGAAAAACAUAUCUAGUUCCAAAGAGGCCUGCAACGAUUCCCAGAGUAACUCGAAUAAUUCGAUCAUAAAAAAAUCCUCGAAGUAAAUCUGCUGCUUCGAUGCUUCGUUUACACCCUGCAGCGCUGAGGUGUCUCAUCAGCACCAUUGCAGUUUUCCGUAGUUGUCGUCUUCUGUCUAUCACUCCUGUAUUGUGUAAUAUCAAUAUUCAUUCACUAGUGCAGUAUUCAUUCACCAAGUGCAAUAUU